CGUGCCCCUAUGAUGAGCGCGACGGGAACAUGCCCAAUGAUACAUCUGAAAUUUUACAUUAGCCAGCACAGUUCGAGCGUAAUCGAAUUUUGCGCGUCGGGGGACCUUCAUGGACGCAUAAUACUCGAAGGAGACCGAGGACAGCCUGAUAUUCAAAGAUUCACAAUUUGAAUUGCUUUCUAGCGGGAAUUACUUGCUCCUGGGAUAGUCCUCUAGACUUCUGUCUCGAAACCAAGCAUCCACUAGCAGUUCGAACCUCGCUUCGGACCGCAUCCGGACCGAUCACGUCUUUGGUACAGUAAACACGAACGCGAUAUUUCCGUCCGGAAGGAUAGGAUGCCUAGAUUGCUCUGGUUCAAGCACACAAUGACGGACGCCCUCCUGUACUACAUCUAAAGAGUCGCAAAAGGCCCAACAUCUCGAAGAGUCG